AUGACUGUCAAGGCCAACAUUUCCAGCGACGUGACUAAAACACUUAUGGUAAAUUCAAAUGUUUUUUUCUUUUAUUGAUAGGCCUGGCAAGGAAUGUUCCGUGAGCAAUUUGCUAAUGAGGGUUCAAGGUGGUACGCUUCCAAUGAUUUCCAAGGUAAUUCCUCGUUGUUCACAACAUCGUUCUGGUAACUCCUGUGAUGGGGUUGGUGCCACAUUGUAACAUUCCUUCCGAGGGAGACGCUCAACAGGGUCCUCUCUCUUUACCCUUAAUGCCCUAACAUCAGUAAGCAUAUUCUCCAUACUGUUCACCGUACAUUUUCUAAAAAGCUGUCGAGGUGAUCAAUUCCUUUAUUCUUGUGACCUUAAUGUUUGAUUCAGGGGUGAUAUGCCCAGGAGAAAUUAGUUGCCAAUCACUCUUAGUGGUUGAAGAGUUAAACCUUGAGAGAGGAAAAGAGAGGACCCUGGGAACAAGGUUAAAGCCUUCCUUAGCCUCGUAGCCUCGCUUUUGUGUAUAUGCAUGACGUCACCCGGAAACUGCAUAGUAUUCUGAAAGCAGGCUUAUUUUCAAACGUAGGCAUUUUGGUGCUGCUGCUACUCAGAAACUGAAAGCUUACCAAAAGAUGUCAGGACCAAAGAGUGAAGUCGUUAACAGACCAUCUUCACUGCUUAAACAGUAUGAAAAUGACGAAAUUUUUAGUAUGCUUGGUCGCCGUUGUGUGGUAAGUUGAAAAGAAUCAGCUCCAAGAGUGGCGUUGUAGCAAGUUCGAGCCUCGUUCUUUUUCCUUAUUUUUAUCAUGACUCUUUUACAGACUCUAGCGACAUCCGUAGCCCAGCUUUAUAUUGCACCGCCUGAAAACCGUAGAGCAUGGAAGAAGAAAGUUACAGGAGUAAUUUGUUUUGUGAAAGACAACGGGAAAAAGUCAUACUUUCUUCGAAUGUACAGUCUUGUGGUAAGCUCAGAACGUGACACUUUACAACUGCACUUUAGAAAGACAUCAUAUUGGCCCAACUCUGUGUUGAUUUUAAUUCUACCUUCAUCGUAUUGUAGACAAAGUCGUUAGAAUGGGAACAGGAGUUGUACAACCAGUUCAAAUAUACUCCUGCUCGGUCUUAUUUCCACGCUUUCACCGCUGAUGUAAGUAGAAGUUAUUUAGAAUUUCAUUUGUCUGAUCUACUUUGUUUUCAAUGUUACAAUUUUAGUAUUUUACCGAUUAUAACGUUACUAUCUAUCUGUGGGCAGUUAAACAAAAUUAACUGGGAUUAAAUGAGCAAUUGCCUUUGUUGUGAGAUUUAAGAGAGUUUAGCUUAUGUAAUAAAUUUCUCUAUGUUAUUAACUGAUGACUAAGUGCUAUUUUUGAAAUACGUGCUAUGAUUGGUCAAUAUAGCAACCCUUGUUCCACAGUAGAGGAUAUUUGUCCCUUCCUGACUUGAAUGUCUUUGUUGGUUUUGAACAGAAAUCAUUGGAUAGAUCUUCAUUUGGACUUGGUGCUAAUAUAAUAAUGCAAAGCAAAGUAGAGAAAACCAGAUAAUUUGCUUUAUCAACUGAGUUUGCAAUUUGUACAUGUACAUUGGCCACCACAAAGAGUUUCUAAAGCUAAUGUUUCCAGCAUUAGCCCUUUGUCGAAGAAAUUGUGGGUUUCUAUACAGAAAAAUCAAGCUAAUCUAAAGGUGUUUAACAUUUUUAUUAGUCUGAACAUGAAAGUGAUCUUCACAAUAAUGAACACCACUUAAGCAGUAGUGAAAAUAAGGUCUGAAAAAAAUUCAGGCCUGUACUGGAUUUGAACCCAUGACCUCUGCAGUACUGGUGCAUUGAUCUACCAAAUGAGGUAGCAAACCAACUCUGAGCUGGUCAUUAUGUUGGUUUGAAGAAACCCGUGAAGUGAUGAAAUGAUUACUUAAACUGCUGUUCACAUAUAUGAUUUUCAUAUAUCUACAGUCUUUUAUUAAUCUGUUUGUGAUGUGGCCACUCUGUGUUGUAGAGUUACAAUGCUGGUCUAAAUUUUGCAAAUGCUGAAGAGGCCCAGAACUUUAUCAAUGUGAUUGAAAAGAAGGUGAAGGAGAGGGAACAGAGACGCGUAGGUGAGGGAAUGAUUAGAUUAGGUCAACAUGUACAUGCAUUUAUACAGUCACAUGGCUGAAUACACCAUGAACUGAUAGUCAGAGCCGUAUUGUUGGGAAGUGAUUAAAAGGAGUAGUUAUGUUUUGGUCACUACUAGGAGUGUGCGCAUGAAAUAGUGUCCAGUGAGGAAAGCUGAUACAUCAAUGCUAAUGUUUUAAUGAUUAAUCCUUUAAUUCAUAAGGGUGACUAGUAUCUAAUUUCUCAUUAGAAUAUCACCCCUGAAUCAAACAUUAAGGUCCUGAGAAUAAAUGAAAUCAUCACCAACUUAAGAGGCUCUAUAUAGCUAACCAAAUUCUCCUUGUCAGCACCUCAGGAAACAUACAGAGAACAGUAUGGAGAAUAUACAUAUUAAUGUUAGGGUGUAAAGGGUUGAUUGUGUUUCAAACAUAAUUGAUUGCUGUUUAUUGCUGUCUAUUAAAAAAUUCUUCAUCAGGUUGAUGUUGGGUUUUUUUUACAUUUUAUGAUCAGCAACACUUUUUAACAACCAUUUUACAGAAGCAAAUGAAUCUCUUUUGUGUGAUUUGUAGAAAGAAAAAAAGAGAAUGCCUCAAGGCAUGGCAAGCAGCCUCCUCCACCCCCUGCAGUAGGGGGGAAUGUGGACAUUGGAAAGAGGAGUUCUUUACAGGCCAAUGGUAAGAGUAUGUGUAAAAAAAUUGGUUGACUGUUGAAAUCACCUUCAUUUGCUUUUGGUUUUGCAUGUACGACACUGAAUAGAUGUAUGCUCUUUAAAUCAUUAUUUGUUGUUGUAGAUCUCCAUCUCUGCUAAUACAAUUUGUUUUGGUAUCUUUUUUGUACAAAGAUAACUUUAGCAAUAUGAGUCAUUCACCAUCACAGACAAGUCUUUCCUCCGUGGAUGGUGGUCCUUCUCUGUCUCGGAAAAAGAGCAAAGACAGAAAAGACAGCAAAAGUAAUGCAUCAAACAACAAGAAAAACACCAAGAAAAGGAUUACCAAAGAUGACAUUGGAAAACCAGAGAACUUCCAGUGAGCUGAUCUUUGAAUUGUUAAUUUACCUUUUAACCUUUUAACUCCCAUAAGUGACCAAGACAGAAUUUCUCCUUACAAUGUCAAUGCAAUAUCAGGCAGACAAGUGAUGAGAAUAAAGAAAAAUAUCAAUUAGGGAAUUAUUAGUUGAUCCAAUACCAAAUUCUCAAAACUAACAUCAUAAGAACUAUAUGAUGGACAGUAAGGAGAAUUACUAAUGAGAUCUUGGGAGUUAAAGGGUUAACUCCCAGAAGUGAUUACCAUCUAACUUCUCUCUACAAUAUUCAUACAUUAUCCAGCAAACAGGUAAUGAGAAUACUCAAAUACAUCAAAUGGAAGCGGUUGUCUUGAUCUAACACCAAAUUCUUGUAACUGAUUUAAAAGGAAGUAUGUAGUAGCUGGAGGGGAGAAUUGACUAUCAGAUCUGGGAGGUAAAAGGUUAAGAAUGGAGGCUCUUCUUUAGGACAACCUUUAUUCAGGGCACACAAGCAUAACCCUUUGACCCUUAUGAUGACUAAUAUCUAAUUUCUCCUUACAAUAUCACACCUAAAUAACACAUUAAGGUCAUGAGAAUAAAAGAAAUGAUCACCAAUCCAGAAGCUCUUGAUUUUUAAAGAAAUUCAUCUCGUCAGCACCAAAAGAAAUGUGUAGAGAAGAGUUUUAAGAAAAUGAAUACUAAAGUUGGGAUGUAGACAGUUAACCCUUUAACUCCCAGAUCAAAUUUGGAAUUCUCCUUACUCUCAACCAUACAAUUCUCAUAAUAGUAGUUCAGAGAAUUUAGUAUUGGAUCAACUAAUUAUCCCCAAAUCGAUAUUUUUCUUUAUUGUGGUCACUUAUCUGGUUGAUAUUAUAUCAAUAUUGUAAGGAGAAAUUCUGUCUUGGUCACUCAUGAGAGUUAAAGGGUAAGUCCCCCAGAAAUGUUCAUGUAACAUAUUGAUUUGCCUCUGUUUAGGAGUAGUGUACAUGUAAUCUUGAAUGCAAUCAAUGGUCAUUAUCAGAGUGUUGUUUUUUCUUCAGGUUUCUUUUUGCAGAACCAAUUCUACUGUAUUUCCUUAAAUAAGCACCCACACUCUAUAGAGGGUCAUCCCCUAGAUAAACACCCACCAUCAAUGUCAUAAUGUCAGACAAGUGCCCCUCUUAAAUAAGUGCCCCCCCUCUCCUCUCCCUUCUCUCUCAAUUUCUUAAUUAGUAGGGAUUUAAGGAAAACCCUGUUUUUACUGCCACUUUAUUUAUAACCUCUUAAGCUUCAACUACAGCAGCAUUAGCACAGAAGAAUGAUGAGCACCCCCUUGCUUUAGCAUCCUUUUUCCAAUAAGUGUCCCUCCUUUUAGGCAAUAUUUUAAAUCAGCACCUAGUGCUUAUUUGAGGAAAUACAGUGAUAAGAAUUUUUUUGAAAUUUCACUACAGGCACAUUGGACAUAUUGGCUGGGAUCCACAAGGUGGAUUUGAUGUAAGAAAACGGUUUUAAUGUCUUUAAAGGGGGAACUUAAAACUUGACUACCAAUGAGGGAGGAGGUGGGGUGGAUAUCAAGUGAGUUUUCUUGUGACACAACCAAAAUCCUCCAACACCCCCUCCAUGGUAAAUAUUGACCAGUCCCUAAGAUAACAAAAUCUUCAUUAAAAUUUUUCAUUCAACAGUAGACUAUGAGUUCAAGAUUUCUUUUGGAUGAAGCAAGAAGCUUGAUUGUUGCAAUUGUCAAUGACGUAGACCACAACUUUGUGGGUGACUAGUUGCCAUGGAGAUGUUAAUCAAAAAGAAACUUUCAGAGCUGAAUGCCUAAAUUUCUUUGAAACAUUCUGGUGAUCAGUUUUUUGUCUUUGUUAGGUUGAUAGAUUGGAUGAUAAAUGGAAAGAGCUGUUUUCUCUAGUUGGUGUUACUGCUGAACAAAUGCAGAAAAAGGAAACGAUGGACUUCAUCUAUGAUUUUGUCGAAAAGAGAGGAGGAAUUGACAAUGUUAGACGUGAAAUAGAGAAGGAAAAAGCUACAGAACCACGUAAGCAAUCAAUAUUCCUCUUUUUUUCAAGCUGAUGGAUUGACAUGAACUGUUUAAAUUGGAAAAAUGUUCCAAAUACCAGUGAGUUUUUUUAAUCUAUGAAUUAAUUUGCAAUUUGUUAACAGGCUAGCUCAGUUUAGCUUUAAAGCUGGUUUAAAUGGGGGCCUGUAUAAACAUUAACAAGGCCAGAUCACAACACAGAGAGCUAAAUUCCCCACUCUUUGCCAGAAGAGAAGAUGCAGGAGAAAGGGCCUACGGUUUUUUGUCCUUAUCUGAGAGGACUAGAAUGUUUAACCAUUUGCAGAUGUCAUAGCCAAGGCAGCAAGUUCUUCUCAUACAUAUGUUGGCACUUAAGGGGGACAUUAUAUAUAUAUUUUUUCUAAGUAGGGACAUAAAUCAAAUAAAUAAUAAAUAUUACGAUUUUAACACGUUAAAUAUUAUGUCCUAGCUCCACCAGCACCAUCCAGAGGACAGUCAAGAGGACCCCCACCACCCCCUCCCCCCUCACGUGGAGCCCCACCACCACCCCCAGCAAGGAUAGGAAAUGCCCCACCACCACCCCCCUCCAUCCCGUGGUGGGCCUCCACCACCCCCUCCCUCACGUGGAGGCUUACCACCACCACCCCCUCUUUCCAGGGCACCACUUCCUCCUGCAGGGGUACCUCCGCCUCCUGCCCCACCUCCUCCUCCACCAAUGGGUGGUGCACCUCCUCCACCUCCACCAAUGGGAAGAGGUGGCCCUCCGCCUCCUCCUCCCCCCAUAGCUAG